AUCAAAUGGAUUGUUCGAUCAUUAAAAUGUUUGCUGUCGGAAAGAGAAAUAAAAAUAAACUUUCCAUUUUUUGCGGGACAAAUUGUGUUCUUUUUUGGAAUCCUCAUCGCGUAAAACAUUGACUCCUUUGCUUUCGAAAAACAACAUAUUUUGUCGCAUGUUUAUUUUCAUUUUUCGAAUUCCUCAAAGCAACCAAGGCUACAAGUGACAGAAGGCCUUUUCCAACCAAAGAAAACCCAGAUUUAAGCGAAAAAUAUAGCCCUACUUCAAGAUGGAGUUAGUGUCAGGUUACCGUGACCGGAUAAUUGAGUUCUCGGAGGCCAUGGCUCAUUGGUAUCGCUGCUUCCAGACCACCCGCAGGGGGCGCAAAGAACCACACAGUGAUUUCUGGGGGUACGAUUUUCCCCGAUACCACAUGGACCGCUCACCAUACUGGAUACUGCACCUGCUGGAUUACGCUGCACCGCCCCCUGCAGUUAUUCCACGGCUAGAACAGGCUGGAGUGGACCCCUCAGAGCUUAUGAGUAGUGAUGGAGAGAGUGUCCUGAUGGUGACUGAUGCCUCUGGCCUGCCCCUGGGCUUUGACGUGCUGGCCGGUGGCUGGGCGGGGUCGCUGGGUGGGGGCGAGGCAGCCGGUGGAGAUGGGAAGGGGGCCCUGGAGACAAUCCAGAAGAUGGUAGGACUGCUGAGACGCUGCAUGGAGGCCCCCAUGACUGGCGGGUUGCCUCGGAGACCACACAUGCUCCACGUCAAUGACAAGAAGCUUCACAGGUUGCUGAGCAGGUGUGAGAAGGCCCUCACCAUUCUGAAGGUGGUUCUGUGGCCCCAGGCCCUGGGUGACUGGGGCCUCACGGAGGUGGAGCAGGUGGACGGAGGAGAGUCCUUCAGCAUGCGCUGGCCUCCGACAUGCUACUGUCAUGUGUGUAAGAAACACUCCUUCCCCAGUCAGCUGAAACCAUGUCUCUUUCCUUUUUCUAUUCCUACACUACCCCUCCCCUCUCUCUUUUUGUUCCCUCUUCGGUAUGUUGUUGUUUUCUCUCGUCCCCAUAGUCCCCAGUGCAAGGCUGUCCUGUACUGUUCUGACCAGUGUUCCCAGACAGACCAGAUCCGCUGUCCAGAGGAUACCAGUCACCAGCACUGGUGUGAAAAACUGUCCCGCUACAUGAGCCACGACUCACAGCUUGCCGAGCUGCCGUUCAGCUACGCCGCAGAGGUGACAGCUGUUGAUUUUGACCUGGAACACUUCCUGAAUAAGAAUAAACUGGACAGUGGCUACUGGGUGCACUGGAGCCUCCUGGUGCGCUCCCCCAGAUAUGAGCUCCAUCCCACAGUGGAACAGUCCAGAGAUCAAUGCCCCCACUGGUUCACAGGUCACAGUGAGCCCUUUGGACCCCUGAAAAGGGAGGGAGACAUCCUGCUCUGUAGCCCAGCUCCUCAUGCAGUCCCCAGCGUCACCAAACCACUGGUGUUGUGGAGUCAGUACUGUGAGUGGAGAGGUAUCAGUCUGUCCUCUCCUGCAGCUGUUCUUCUCAGCUCCCCUCUCUCCAUCUACUACAUAAUCACGUCGCUGGUGCCCAAAGACUUUCCAGAGCUCAACAUUCAGAAGAAGCAGUCUCUAAAGAUCCACAUCAUCGACUCCUACAGGGAGUUCCACUGUCUCAAGGUGUUCUGGGAAUUGUCCAUUCUCCUGCCGCACAUGACCUUUGAACUGGUGUUCAUAGGAGAGGGACUUCCCCCUGAGAGUGACGAGGAGCAGCUCUUUCUGCAGAAGAAGGACGGCUGUGUCGACCUGGUUAACCCCAGCUUCGCCCCGGAUGAGAAGUUGGACAGGAGAAGUAUCCGGGUCAAAGGUUACCGCAGGGCCUAUCACAUGCUGCAAGGGCCCAAGCCUGACCUGGUGAUUGGCUUCAGACCGGCGAUCCAGCUUCAGGAGUCGUGGCUCAGCACACUCCCUAGGCUCCAGUCCCUGAGGGUUCCAGCCUACUUCUGUGAGGUCGGAGAGUUGAGUUGUGAGUGCAGCCAGCAGGUGAUGAGCCAGGCCACCGGGGGUACCCUCUCCCCUCCACACGUCAACCCCUUCCACUGCCCCCUGCGCAUCACUGGAGGAGAUAACAUGCUGCCCUGGUAUUCCAAUGCCUUCAUCUUCCAUCUGAGGUACAAGCCCCUACAUAGUGAGAAACGACCUUCUGUGGCCUACCCCAAAGCCCCGCCUCUGCAGGUAGAGCCGGCCAAUCAGGAACCUGACUACCCUGUGAAGAUGAGUCGCAGGGAUAGGAAGCAGGCCGCCCGCAAUAUGCCACGCAAACGCAAAUGAUGAUAAUGACAUGCACACAGGUACACACUCAAACACAAACAUAUACACACAUACACACACACACUGGCACAUACACAACACACACUGGCACACACUGGCGCGUGUGCACACGAGGUUACUCUCAAUGAACAGACUCAGGGCAGACUACCACUUUAGCUGAACUAGCCUUUUCAUUAAACAAGACCAAUCAUAGACUC